AUGGAUCGUUUUCCAGAUUCUGCAGUGCUCGGGUCGCCUGAAAGCCCCAGGCGCUCACCAUAUUCAAGCCGCGCCACUUUGCGGCCAGCACCGAGGAGGUGCCAGCUUUUAGAGAGGCUUCGGCGAUGCGCUGAUCUGGACAGAGAGUUUUUCCGUGCCUGCUUCCAUGCCCUCUACACAGAACGAUCCAGCAAUAGCUAUGGCGGAACAGGCGCUAGCAGCGAAAGCGGUUUCAACAGGAUCGCUGAUGGAGCUGCGAAUCUCGACUGCAACACGAGCCAGGAAGCUCCGGAAGAUGCACUUCGUAGGAUGCUGGUAUAUCUUCACAAUUUCGAUGAAAGAGAAAAAAUGGCCAUCGACCGCGAAGAAUCACUCAAUCGCCAGUACGCAGCUCUAGAAGCUGAACUUUCACAAUCCAUGCCUUACGAUGUUUCCUCUUCUCCUGAUUCGCCCGCCUUCUACAUACCGGCCGUGCAGGGCCUGACCCGUCUCAGCUGCAUUGGGAUGGUGAUUUCCGCAAAGGAAGAGGAGCAAACAAAUCAGCUGUAUGAUAUUCAUCAUCACAACUUUGCGACCGAUGGAGUGUACCGUCCAAAGCUUCCUUCUCUUCUCCGCGAAGGAGAAACAAUUGAACCUGUUGACGGUCUACUAGUACUCACUCCUCCGAGCACACCAUUAGCUCUUUCUCACACCCUUCUGGACAGUUAA